AUGAGAAUGAAGAAUUUAAAAUAGCAUUUAGUACUGCUAUUUAUUACAAUUAUAAAUUUAAAAUAAAUAUUUAGUUAAGAAUGUCCAAGUAUUGCAAGAUAUUUAAAUAUCCUUCCUCAAUAUUAUGCAAGAAGCUUUUUGAAAUUACCAAAAACCAACCUUUUAGUAGUUAAUACAGUAUCUGAUGUGAUUUAGGGAUCUAGCGUAGUUUACUAUAUUGACAUUUCAAUGAACCCAGGAAUAGUUAUUACAACAAUAAGGCCUGAUUUUUUAAUUACUUAAAUGGAAUACAUGCUCUCCCAAAACAGUAUAUUGGUAGCUAACAACAAUAAAAUUAUCAUAGCUAAUCCUUACACGCUUUAAGCUUAAAGUAAUGCUGUAUUGAAUUAGAUAGUAGACUUUUUUUAAGUAUAGAACACAAAUUAUAUUGUUGUCACUCUAGCUUACAAUUAAAUUGUUAUUUUAGACUCUUCAAGCUUAAAAACUAUAAAGAUAUUGGAUAAUACUAGCUUUCUAAGUAAAAAGGGUGUAUUAUAAAUAUCAACUCAAUUUUAUACUCUUUCUUUUUAACAGAAUUUUAUAAUUUGCUCUGAUGAGUAAGGUUUGUAUGCCUGGAAGGUCAAUUUUGAGUAAUCAGAGUUUAGUUACAAUGGAUAUAUCCCUGAUACUUUGAAUUCCUCGAUCAAAAAAUUUGAAAAACACCCAAAAUAUGAUAUCUUAAUUGUAGGUGGAUUAAAGAAUGUUAAAUUCAUUUAAAUAUAAGACCAAAAAUACACUACGUUAUCAAUAUAAACAGUUAAUUUUAGCAGUGUUGAAAGCAUUAUAUACUAGAGCAUUAAUUCAUCAGAUAAUAUAAUUAUAGGAGAUUCUCAGAGUAUUUUCAUUUACUAGUUUAGUGUAAACCCUGUUGAUAAUACAAUAGAAUCUUUUAAGUUGGAUUAUUAAGUUUAAUAAGAAAAUCAUUAUGACGCCUACAAGCUUAUUGAACUCCCAAUUAUUGUUUAUGCAAGCAAUAAUUUAGUUACAUUUUAUAAUUACCAAAGCAAAAGUUUGAGCUAUAAUUUAAACUUUUCUAGUGAUUACAUAAAUAAAAGCUUUAUUUUUUAGAAUUCUACUAAAUAGGAAGAUUUAUUCUUAACUAUUAAUCAGAAUAAUUUAGUUGUGUAUCAAAGAAGCAAUUUAGGAGUUCAGUAUUAGAUGCAAAAAUAGGCUUUGUAAUCAGCUGUUCUUUAGUAGCAAAAUAGUUUUUAUAGAGUUAAAAACUGUGGAAAUUGCUUUUUCAUCAAAACAAGUGAUAGUUCUAAUAAAAAUUAUAUUGUUUAUACAAAAUUUGAUGAUAUUAAAAGUCCUUCAUUCUAAUACGAUAUUGGAACAGUUUCAUUAACUUGGAGUUAAAUAAACUAAAAUUUAGAUCCUUUUAUUUUAAAUGAUUAACUAUAUGUUGUUUUUUCUCAACCAAACUAGAUUACACUUCCAUAAGGAGAGAAUUAUUACUUUUAUUUAUUGCAGUUCUCGGCGGUAGAUUUAUCUUAAAUUGCAGAUGUAAAGCUCACUACAAAUUAAAAUUAAAAUAGAACCAGCUUAGCUGUUUAUGAUUCUUUGAAUAAAAUUUUAUAUGGCAUAGACUCAGGAGGUACAGUCUAUAAAUAUGAUAUCUAAAAUAAAAACUUGGUUCAAAGCUUUUAAAUUAAUGGCUGCUUAAAUGCUUAUAUUGGAGAGAUUUUCAUAUAAGAUCCUUAUUAAUUCUUAAUUUUUGGAUGUUAAAACAAUGAUAUUAUAGCAUAUAACUUAGUAAGUAAAACUUAAAGCAUUGUAACAAAUUUAUACGUAUCUCCUUUUGUCCUGUAAGUAUUUAGUAGUUCCUCAAUUAUUGCUCUUGGAGAUAUUGAUAGAGGAUCUGCAAAAAUUUUCAAGCUUAAUACUAUUUCCCAAAGUUUUGAUUUUUUUAUAGAAAUAUUCUCUAGUAAGGGAGUGGACAUCCUUCUAUCUGUAGAUUUAUUAAGUGACUCUAAUUUAUUACUUUAAUUUAAAAAUGGCAUCAUAUUCUUCCAAUUUAGCUCUUGCUUGUAGGAUAUUAACAAUUGUUUGGGAUGCAACUAAAAUUAUUAUUUCAAAAUUCAAGAUGGUCUUGAUUCUAAAUAAAGCUAUGGGCAAGGUAAAUAGGGUGUAGAAUUUAUUACAUCUUAAAGCUUCCUCACAGCUGUUUUGAAGGCUCAAAUAUACAAAAAUCUAGUAAGAUAACUUACUUCUUUGGAUGUCAAUAUGUAUAUCGAUAAGGCUAAUCCAUUUAUUUUAAACUCCGGUUUACUCAUUUUUGACUUUAGCAAUAUUAUUUCUUUAUCUAUGCAAUGCACAAGUUGUUAAUAAAGUGAGUAUUUUAGUUUAUAUUCAUCAGAUUAGUUGCUAUUAUAAAACUUUGUUCAAUUUAAUUUGAAUUAAGUUUCAGUGAACUUUACAAAUUUAAGUUAUAGUCAGAGCUGUGGCCUAAAAAUUUAAAAUAUUCAAUAAAAUUCUAAAAUAAGUAAUAUCUAAAUCAUAAGCUCAUCAAGUUAUAAAUAAAACUGCAAUUAAAUUUUCAUUAAUAAUUCAACAAUAACAAUAAAUAAUUAUUAAGUUACUAAUUAAGACUUUUCCAAGCACAAUUCGAUUAUAACUAUAAGUAAAUCAGCUGAGAUAACAUUGACCAACUUCGGUUUAUCAUAGUGCACUUUAGGCAGAAGUUUUAGUAUUCUAUCUUAGCUAGAUGACGUAAAACUAAAUCUAGACUCAGUAACAAUUAGUGGAAAUACCUGUGCAUAAAAUGUUCCAGAUGACAGCAUCGUUUCUUCUCUGUUUGUCGCAAGCCUAUUUUCGGUUAAAAAUUUUUAUUUCAAUGAUAAUGAUAUUUGUAACACUGUUGUAUUCACAACAGCUGCCUCGAUUAAGCAAGCUAAUCAAACAUUUAGCUUUAAUUAAAUUACAGUUUCAGGAAAUACUUUUGUUACUAAAACUUCAUACAUUUUAUUUAAUGCUCUUUAUUCUAUGAUAUCUAAGCCAGCUCACCAGGUUAUAUUUAACAAUUUAAUGGUUUCUAAUAAUAAGCUAAAUAUCACCAACAGUCAAACUGACCAGCAAAUUUCUAGUUUAAUUUAUACAACCAAAAUAUCUGAUGUCACAUUUACUAACACUAAUAUAGUGAAUCAAACUUACAUAUUCCUAUCUGUAGUUGACACAUCUAACUAAGUGCAGAUCUCAAAUUUCAAUUGCACUAACGAGCCAGCUUAUAACAAAGAUAUUCCAUUCACUAAAAGAACUGCAGGAUGCUUAUAUUUUAUAGAAGUAUCAAAUUUAAAUAUUUCUACACUUAAUAUAAUCAAUAAAUAAACGAUUGAUGAAAAUUUAAUCAGAUUCGAGAGCUAUUUUACUAAAUACAUAACGAUAAAUGUACAAAAUGCUACAUUUGCUAAUAAUAAUUAAUCACAGUUAGCAGGAAACGCCCCAAUGAACCCUCUUUAUAUAAUGAUAAUGUAUAAUGCAACGAUUAAUAUCCUCAACAGCAAUUUCACUUCAAAUAAUUAUUAUAUUAAGGAGAAAUAUCACGACAAGUUCAUAGUUUCUACAAAUGGGAUUGGAACUCAUUUCUUGUCAGGAAAUUUAAAUAUUAAGAACUGCAAUUUUAAAAAUUCAACAAGCAACGCUGGGUAUAAUUAUAUUUAUGUCUAAGGUGAUUCAAUAUAUAUGGAAAAAUCAACAUUUAUAUAGUCCUCUUUUACUGAAAUAGUAACAAAAUAAGCUUUCAUUUUCAAAAAUUAUGGUGGAAAUCUUUAUCUUUAAGUGAAAAGCAUCUUUUUUACAAAAUGUUAUUUCUCUUAAUCAACUGCUGCAUUUGGUUCAUUCAUUUAUGCAUAACCUUUUUCCUCAAUUUUAGAAAUGUAUAUCUCAGAUUCUACAUUUAAUGAAGGUUAUGCAAGUAAUAACGGAGGAGCGAUUUACUUAUAUCCUUCAAAUACAAUAUAAUUUAAUUGUGAUAACUGUAAUUUCACUAAUAUUUACACUAUAAGCGUAGCUUUAUCUGCAGCAACUAUUGGCUUAGAGAAUUCAGCCUCAUUAGAUACUUCGCGUCAUUCUAUUAAUUUCAACGGUGGAGUAAUCAAAAAUAUAUAUGGAAACGGAGACAAUAACUUCAUUUACCUCAUAAAAGUUGACUUGCAAAUCAAUGAUUUCUAAACAAUAACUAUUGAUAACUUUAAUUAAUUGUUUAUAUAACUUGUCAAGAAGGCUGGUACACUCUAUAGAAUGGCGUCGCCAGCAUAACUAGUAAAUAUUCAGAAUUCAAGCUUUUAAAUGACAAACUGCAAUUUAACAAAUUGGAGCCAAAAUAGAAACACGUAGAUGCCUCUUUUACUCUAAUCUCUUGAUAGUAAGGUGACCAUAACAAAUAGCUCUUUUACUGAUAGCAAAUUCAAAUAUUAAGUUAUGAAAAUAAUAGGAGGAUCAGUUUAAUUUAGCUAAGUUACUUUCACCAAUUUUUCAUAAAUUGCUUUCAGCAGCUUUUCAGAUUUAUUUUCUAAUAGAUUCUUACAAUAACUGAUUUAAAAAUAACCACUUUCAAGUGGAAAUUCAUUGAUCUUAGUAAGUAAUAGUAAGCUCAUAUUAAAAGAUACUUCUUUGCUCUCAAAAAUUAAUUGUACCUCAAAUUGUUAAGGAAGUUCUCUUUAAAUAUUAAAUACUACUUUCACUAUCUAAGAUACAUCAUUUUCAUAAUCUAGUUCUAAUUUUGGUGGAGCUAUCUUUGUUUAAGCUUUUACUGGUUAGAAUUAAAUAAAAAGUUGUAGUUUUACUUAAAAUACAGCAAAAUAUGAUGGUGGAUCAUUGUAUUUAAAUGCUGGAGACACUGAUGUAUUCAAUCUCAUUGUUGAUUCAAACUCAUUUACAGAAAAUAUAUCCUAAAAUGGUAAAGGCGGAGCUAUUUACAUUUACAGCAGUUCACUAAAUACUUUAAAUUAAAAUAUAACCAUUUACAAUAACUAAAUUUAAUAGAAUUAAGCUAUGGUGGGAGGAGCGUUGAGCAGUGAAAACAUAGCUCCCAAUAGCACUUAAAAUUAGAUUAGUAACAACAAAGCCUUGAUUUAUGGCAAUAAUGAAAUAUCUUAUCCAACUCAGCUAGGAUUUUACAAUUUAGAUCACUUUUUAAAAGAAAAUAAAAAUUCAACUUACGUUGAUGGUUUGCUAACUAUUAAGAAUUUUAGAAGCGGAGAUAAAAUCCCUACUCUUGCCCUUUAGUUUAAAAAUGAAGAAAGCAUAAUAUAUCCUUUAUAAGAAAGCGAAAUCAGCAUGUAUUCUAUUUAAGUAGAUGUUUAUCAAGCUUCUCAGAAUGUUUAGUACGACUUAGUAGGAAAGCUUGUUUCAGUCUAUGAUAAAGAUUCAAAAAGUUUUGUUUUUACUGAUGUCCAAGCAGUAGGAACCCCUGAAACUUCUCAAUAUUUUGAAUUUAAAUCAAACAAUAUUAAAAUUUUAGAUCCAAUCACAUAUACUUAUGUUUCAAACUAUUCUUUAAAAAUUAAAAUUGAAUUUAGAUCAUGCUAAGCUGGUGAGGAAAUUCUAAAAUACAAGCAGCUAACUGAAUGUAGUCCUUGUGCAGAAAAUACUUUUUCUUUAGAUCUGAACGGUUGUUAGCCGUGUCCUGAUGGAGCAAAGUGUAGUGGAGGUUAAAAUAUUAUAGUAGAAUCUGGUUACUGGAGAAGUUCACUUUCUUCAAGUAAAGUAAUAAAAUGCAAUAAUGCCUUAUCUAAUUGCCUAGAAGGCUCACACGGAAAUUAAAUUUGUUAUGAAGGACAUAUUGGAGCAUUAUGUGAAGAAUGCGAUACUCAAGGAUAAUUUUGGUUGGAAAGGUUUGCCAAGUCAGGAGAUUAUAGUUGUACAAACUGUAAUAAAAUUACAGGAAAUCUCUAUAUAGUAAUUUUGAUGACAGUUUGGACUAUGAUAUCGAUGACUAUCGCAAUCAGGGGUGAUAUUGAUACGUUAGAGAAUGCAGCAGGAGCCUUAACCAUUAAAAGAUAUAUUGAAAAAAAUGGGUCAAGUUCCAUAGAAAAAAGACCUACUCAUGCAUCUAUGAUAAAUAAGAAAAAAUUUGGUAAUAAUUAAGAAGAUGAAUAAAGAGCAGGUACUUACGUCAAAAUGCUAACAAAUUAUUUGUAGAUUGUAAAUACUCUUGCUUCAUUUAAUCUCACUUUACCAUCAGGUAUUUACAGUGCUCCUGAAGCAGUUGGAAGACCUCUCUAAUAGUCAAUGAAUUCGUUGGAUUGUGCAUUAGCAGAAAUAAAAACAGAUGUUCCUAUUAUUUAUUUAAGAGUCAUGUUUUCACUAAUCAUCCCAUUAAUUUAUUUAUUAUUAUUCUUUUUUGGAAUAGUUAUUGCUUAGUUAUUUAAUAGAGGAAAACCUUUUCCUUGGUACAUAGUUUCAACAGGAAUAAUGUUCUUAAUUAUUUAUGUGCAGCCAGAUUUGGUUUCAUAAGUUAUAUCGUUAUUAUCAUGCAGAAAAAUCGGUGAUGAAGAAUAUAUUCUUGGAAAUGUGUCUUACAUGUGCCAUAAUGAAUAACAUAAUAAAUACUCCUAUUUCUUUUUAAUUCCUGUAUUAUUCCUUUGGAUAUUUUUAAUUCCAUUUAUAUUAUGGUUACUUUUAUGGAGAAAGGUAAAAAGUUUAGAUACUCUAUAAGUCAAACUAAAAUAUGGAUUCCUCUAUAAAGAAUAUCAAAGAUGGUACUGGGAAUUUGUAAAAAUGGCAGAAAAAAUAGCUAUUAUAUUAGUUUUGAAUUUCUUUUAUUCAAAUGUACCAGUAAAAGGGUUGAUCUCUUUUUAGAUCAUCGUGAUAUAUGGUCUCUUAGCUCAAAGAUUUAAUCCAUAUAAAGAAGAAUUUAUUAACAAACUGGAUGUGUACUCAACUAACUGCUCUGCAGCUAGUAUAUUGAUUGGUGUUUUCAUAUAUGACAAUUCAUAUAACUAUCUAGUAAUUAUAGGUUUUAUAAUGCUAAUUAUUUUAAAUGCUUGGUACAUAAUCAGUCUAGUGAUUAAAAUUUUAAGUGGAUAUAUAUAUAAGAUCAAAGGCAUCAAAAAAAUUAUAAUAGAGAAAUUAGCAGAAAAAAUUGACUACUUUAAAAAAUACCUUCCUAAAGAAGAAUAAAAAAGAAAAAUGAAUCCUGAAGUCCGCUAAAAAAUGAGAAAUAUUUUCAAUAAAUUCAUAAAACUUCCUCCAGCUGAAAAGAAAGCUGUAAUCCUUAAGAUUUAUGAAGAGCAAUUAACCGAUUUGAAUAAUUAAGAAUAUGAUAAAGCCAAGAAGAAAGUAAACUAAUUUUUUGAAAGAGAGUCUCAGAAUUUGAAUUAAAAAGCUUUUUCUGAAACUACAGUGUAGAGGAAAAGUGAUAAAAUAGAAUUACAAUAAAAAGCUUUAGAUGUUUAAAAUAUAAAAUUCGAAUAGGUUACUGAAAUGAACGAUGAAAAAAAUGUAUAAUUGAUCGUAUUUGAACCAGAUUGUAGCUAAUUGAGUGCACCAAAAAAAACAGAAACUUCGUCAAUUUUUUAGAAAAGAGUUUCUAUUAAAAAAAUAGACUCUGACUAAACUCCUAAAAUAUAAUAAGAAUCCCCAUUUAAUGGAUUUGAUAGUUUACAAAAUCCUGAAAUUAAUAAAUUAAUAAAAAUAGAGUGUUAAAAAAUGUAGAGCUCAGACUUAAAUUUAAUAUAAAAAAUAAAUUGA